AAAGCGCCAAUCUCCAACACCACAUUUCGAAAAAAUUUUAUUCAUCUUUAAUUUAUCCAAUGAGAAUCUACCAACUCGUCGGUUGUGCGCCAUUCAACUUCACAGAAAAAGGAAUCGAAAGGUCUAUUUCCAAAUACUUGUUCACCGCCAUUCAGGACGUAACUUUUCUUGGCCUUUAUUUCCUAGCCAAUAUAAAAAGAAAUUUAAAGGGGGAUGAAGGGGACCUUAAAUUGCACGCUUUACUGAACGUAAUCGUGUCAACACUUUGUAUCACAGUCAUAUGGAUUGAGGCCGCCAUGAGGAUAAGAAAUUGGUCCAGAUUAUUGCAGAAACUUGAGAGAAUCGAUCAAGAAUUUGCUAAGUAUAAUGUGGAAAUGGAAUAUGGGUACGGUAUGAAGACGUCAUUGGUCAUUUUGGCAGGACAACUUGUAGGUCCAAGCUUGGUAUUCAUGUUUCUAGAAAAAAAUGUUGAUUAUGCUGAGAUAUUCUUCAUUUACUGUGUUCCUCAUUGUAUCAUCUGUGUAACAGGAUAUGUGUACUAUGAAAUAGUAAACCUGAUAGAAAUGAGACUGACUAAACUGAACUAUCUACUGAAAACCCUGGCUAAACCUAAUUCUAACGAGAUAUUCACAAUGACGACUAAUAAGAAUGAAAAAUCGUUCGAUCUUUUAUGCCAGAUAUGUAUGUGGCAUCAUACUUUGGUCAAGUUAAUCACACUUAUGAAUAAGACAUUUGGAUUUCGCAUGGUCAGUCUUUUCAUUUUUUCCUUUGACAUACUUGCGAUGCAUGCUUUCCUCAUAAGCAGAUAUUUCAAAAUGGAAAUAAAUGUUAUUCAUUUGUCAGAAUAUGUCACAUUGUUUAUAUGUUAUGCUAUUAAUGUGUACAUAAUCUGCAAGCAUUGCGAGUACACAGUUCAAGAGGUGAAAAAAACAGGUUCUCUUCUCCACCAAAUAAAUACAUCAGAUAAGGACAUGAUAAAUGAAAUUGCAAUGUUUUCCUUUCAAAUACUAAAUGAAGAAGUAGCAUUCAGCGGAGCUGGUUUUUUUGAGAUCAAUUAUUGCUUACUUUUUUCGAUAAUUGGUGGUGUAACAACUUACACAAUAAUUCUCAUUCAGCUGCAAAUGGAUGGCCUUCAAAAUGGAAGUAUUACCACACAAAAUUUCACUGAGGUUUUGACAAUUCAAAAUGUAUCAGAUUUGAAUUUGUAGUUAUUCAACUCAGAAUGCAAUUUAGAAAUGCAUCAGGAAAUAUUUCACCCAAUAAUUAGAGGAUGAAAUAUAAUAUCGAGAAAAAUUACAAUUUCAUUAAGAGAAGGGAAAUAUUUUUAAUGUAGAAUCUAAAAGGAAAUAAUGCAAUUCCUAUAUAGAAAGAAUAAGUCAUAUCUUACAAGAUUAUGAAGUGACCUUUUAAUAUACACUUUAAGAUUCAAUUCUUUUUGCAAUGUCUUGGAUUAAAAUUUAAUAAAUGUUAUCUUGAUGAA